GCCCCGCGAGCACUGAGGCCCCGCCUCCGCACGCUGGCCGCGGCAAGAUGGCGGUGACAGGACAUUCCCGCGGAGUGGUUCCCACAGCGGAUUUCUGACCAUCAGAGCUGUCCACCAGGAGUGAGCUGGCAAAGCAGCUUUUCUGUCCUAAUACUGAGGAACUGAUUGGUGCCAUGAAGGUCUUCUGCGGGCGGGCCAAUCCGACCACAGGAUCUGUGGAGUGGCUGGAGGAAGAUGAGCACUAUGAUUACCACCAGGAGAUUGCAAGGUCAUCCUAUGCAGAUAUGCUACAUGAUAAAGACAGAAACAUAAAAUAUUAUCAGGGUAUUCGGGCAGCUGUGAGCCGGGUGAAGGACAGAGGACAGAAGGCUGUGGUCCUUGACAUUGGCACUGGCACGGGGCUGUUGUCCAUGAUGGCCGUCACGGUGGGUGCCGACUUCUGCUAUGCCAUAGAGGUUUUCAAGCCUAUGGCUGAUGCUGCUGUGAAGAUCGUGGAGAAAAAUGGCUUCAGUGAUAAGAUAAAAGUUAUCAACAAGCAUUCCACUGAGGUGACCAUAGGGCCAGAUGGUGACAUGCCGUGCCGUGCCAACAUCUUGGUCACAGAGCUGUUUGAUACGGAGCUGAUUGGGGAGGGAGCGCUGCCCUCCUAUGAGCAUGCCCACCAGCAUCUCGUGCAGGAGGGAUGUGAAGCCGUGCCCCACAAAGCAACCGUCUACGCUCAGCUGGUAGAGUCCAGAAGGAUGUGGUCGUGGAACAAGCUGUUUCCCAUCCACGUUCAGACCAGCCUUGGGGAGCGGGUCAUCGUCCCUCCAGCGGAACUGGAGAGUUGCCCUGGCGCACCCUCUGUCUGCGACAUCCAGCUGAACCAGGUGUCGCCCUCCGACUUCACUGUCCUCAGCGACGUGUUGCCUAUGUUCAGCGUGGACUUCAGCAAGCAAGUCAGUAGCUCAGCAGCCUGCCACGGCCGGCCAUUUGAGCCUGUGGCAUCUGGCCAAGCUCAAGUGGUUCUCUCCUGGUGGGACAUCGAGAUGGACCCUGAGGGGAAGAUCAGGUGCACCAUGGCCCCUUUCUGGGCACACUCAGACCCAGAGGGGCUCCAGUGGCGGGACCACUGGAUGCAGUGCGUGUACUUCCUGCCACAGGAGGAGCCCGUGGAACAGGGCUCAGCCCUCUGCCUAGUCGCCCACCACGAUGACUACUGCGUGUGGUACAGCCUUCAGAGGACCAGCCCUGAAGAGAAUGGGCGAGUCUCUCAGAUGCGCCCUGUGUGUGACUGCCAGGCCCACCUACUCUGGAAUCGGCCUCGGUUUGGAGAGAUCAAUGAUCAGGACAGAACCGAUCAGUACAUCCAAGCCCUGAGGACCGUGCUGAGGGCCGACAGCGUCUGCCUCUGUGUCAGUGACGGCAGCCUGCUCUCCGUGCUGGCCCACCACCUGGGGGCAGAGCAGGUAUUUACAGUUGAGAGUUCAACAGCAUCUCAUAAACUAAUGAAAAAAAUCUUCAAGGCUAACCACUUGGAAGGUAAAAUCAAUAUCAUAGCGAAACGGCCCGAAUUGUUAACAUCUGCAGACCUAGAGGGUAAAAAGGUCUCGCUUCUCUUGGGCGAACCAUUCUUCACCACCAGUCUGCUGCCAUGGCACAACCUGUACUUCUGGUACGUCCGGACUGCCGUGGACCAGCACCUGGGGCCUGGUGCCAUGGUGAUGCCCCAGGCUGCAUCACUGCAUGCUAUGGUUGUGGAGUUCAAGGACCUGUGGCGGAUCCGGAGCCCCUGUGGUGACUGCGAAGGCUUCGACGUGAACAUCAUGGAUGAUAUGAUUAAGCAAGCCCUGGACUUCAGGGAGAGCAAGGAGGCUGAGCCCCACCCGCUGUGGGAGUACCCCUGCCGUAGCCUGUCCGACCCUCUACGCAUCUUGACGUUCGAUUUUCAGCAGCCAGUCCCUAAGCAGCCCGUGCGGGCUGAGGGCUCCGUGGAGCUGAGGAGGCCUGGGAGGAGCCAUGGGGCCAUCCUGUGGAUGGAGUACCAGCUGACCCCAGACAGCACGAUCAGCACCGGCCUCCUGAAGCCUCCAGAGGACAAGGGGGACUGCUGCUGGAACCCCCACUGCAAACAGGCUGUGUACUUCUUCAGCACCAUGCUGGACCCCAGAGGGCCUCUGGGCGGCCCUCAGUCAGUCAGCUACACUGUGGAGUUUCACCCCCACACUGGAGAUGUCACCAUGGAGUUCAGGCUCACAGACACCCAGGACCAACCCUCACUUGUUGAGAAAUAAGGUGGCCCAAGAGUUGCGGGCUCUGAGUGAUUGUGGCUCCUGGGGAAGGAAGCCAAAGGUGCUCCUCUCCUGCUAGGGGUCUGCUCAGCCUCAGGGCAUGCAGGAGACUGCUUCCAUGUUUGCAUCUGCUGGCCUCUGGCUCCAGCUGUGGCAGGCAGCAUGGAGGUAGUGAUGACUGAUUAUGGGGUGCUGGACAGCCAUACCACCUUGUCUGUGGUUCUCAGGUGCUCAGCUCCAAGGCAGUGUAGUCUUCUGCCCUUCCCUGAAGGGGAAGUACAGGAGUCUGGCUGGGGUGAGUGGUUGGGGCUGCCUGUGCUGUUCUCUUGGCUGAACAUUGCCAAUGUGAGCCUGCCCUGCCUGCCCUGUACUCUGGGGAUCUCCAGGUCCCUGCCCACUGGGUCAUGGCUGGACAGGGUCAAGACUGGUCCAGAGCAGUUCCUGAGAUGCAGACCAUGAAGCCAGCCAACAGGAAAGGGGAGGUACAGCCCUUUCCCAUGUGCCCAGGUGUCAGAGGGCCCCUCCUCCCAACCCCUGUUGUGCCUCGCCUUUUGCCAGACUCCUAGGGACCACAGCCUGGUUCCUUCUGCACGUUCAGGCGUCUUGUGGCUGUUGACCUCAUUGCUCAGAGGAGACACCAAGCCAGAGAACCCAUUGGCCCAGUGUCCUCAUGUUUUAGGACAGAGUUAGUUUGUGUCCACUGUGUGUGUGAAGGCAAGAGACAGGCUGUCCUUGCGUGGCACUCCCACCAUGGCCGACCCCACCCUGCCCUACCCCAACUUGUUGCUCAAAUAAGUGGAGACCAGCCUUGAGCCUCACAGUUUUAUUUCCUCCUCAGUAUCCAUCCUUACUUUCAGCACCAAUAAAGGAAAAAAAACCACCUCUCUUUUCAAAAUAU